GACUUCGUGACCACAUGUGGAUCCUCUUCCAGGAGUCAAAGCUUUCGGACGCCGUGAUCGUUGUUGAGGAUAAGCAAUUUCAUGUUCACAAACUUCUCCUGCAGACUCGCAGUCCUGUGUUUGCUGCGAUGUUCGAGCAUGACCUCAAAGAGCGUCAAACGAAUGAGAUCAAGAUCGAGGGGAUCAAGCCUGAAGUUGUCAGAAAAAUGCUGCAGUUCAUUUACACGGACACUCUCGAUAACUGCAAGGACAAUGUUGGGGAGCUCCUGAUAGCUGCUGACAGAUAUUCACUUGAGGGCUUGAUUGUUCGCUGUGAGAGAAUCCUUUGUGAACGAGUCACUAUCGAUAAUGCUGUUUCCACUCUGGAACUUGCUGAUAACUACAAUGCAACAAACGUUAAGAAGCACGUCGCCAAAUUCAUUAGUCGUAAUCUCCCGUUUAUUGUUGGCACUGAUGAGUACAAGGAAAUAGAAGUGAGGAAACCUGCGUUGGUGGCUUAUUUGAUGAGAGAGAUGGCAGCCAUGAUUGAUUACUAUCGUCUUGAACUGGAUUAAUAUAAAUGACGCAGAAUUGUAGAUAUUUUAAAAAAUACGGAUUGGGGCUCCUAGUUCAAAGGGAAUUUGGACGAUGAGUUGACUUAAUUUAGCUGUUUGCCUAUUUUGGUUGAUUGAGUUUGAAAAUUCCAAAACUUGGACAAUUGGGAUUUAUUAAUUAUAAAGAUAGUAAUUAUAGGAAUUG